AUCGAUCAAAGUCCAAACAGUGCUUCUAGAUCCAACUGAGCAACUGAUACUUCACACGAACAGCAGAAUCAGAUAUGUGUGAGAGACCAGGUUUAUUCCUCUUGUAAGCCGAUUCUUCCUUCUCAAGGUCUAUGAUUUUAAGAUACCUGACACAAAAUGACGAGAAACGGUUUUAUAGCAUUUAUAAUAACCUUUUGGUUGGCUGGUUUUCUAUCUCAUGGGCAAACAAUCAAUGAACUCUAUAAGAAACCAGGUUACGAAGUUCUCUGUGAAGACUUUGAGUGUAUUUGUCCCAGACUCCAAAAUGAAACUGUGGUAAAAUGUAGUAACAGGGGUAUAAAAAAGUUGCCUUUAGGUGUUCUGUUCCCACCAACAGUUUACAAAGCUAACUUUCGAAAUAAUCAAAUAGAGAAAAUUGUUUCAGAAUCAUUCAUUCAUGGUCAGGAACUGGAAUUGAUUGACUUAUCACAUAACAAUAUUGACUUCAUAGCGAAUUCUGCGUUUUCUAAAUUCUCUCAUCUGAAGACUUUAUUGAUAGCUAGUAAUAGAAUAUGGAAAUUAGAAAUAGGUAUGUUUUUAAAUCUCGGUCAGCUCCAAUAUCUGGAUCUCCGGAAAAACAAGAUUCGGUCAUUUUCUCCAUUAAUAUUCCAGCCUCUUCUGAAUUUGAGAGAAUUGCGACUGGACUUUAACCCGCUAAUAUCAAUCUCUGCAUAUAGUUUUCAGUAUCUUCCUUCACUCCAGUUUCUUUAUCUAGAGAAGACAAAACUAAAGGAUGUCCCCUCUAAGUUGUUCUCAAAUAACCCGGAGUUGUUGUAUAUCAUUCUUUCUGGAAACAAUUUGACCGAAGUACCAGUUACAGUCCUGAAGUAUGUUCCUCAGUUGAAAUAUUUAGACAUCUCAGCAAACCCUAUUCGUGAAAUUAAGCCAUUCGCUUUUUCUGAGCUUCCGGCCCUCGAGAAACUAUUCCUUGAAGACAUGAGCGAACUUGUUAUGAUCCACCAAUCUGCUUUCUAUGGAAUAUCUGGAUUAAAAGAACUACAUUGCAGUUUCAACCCGUCCCUUCGCAGUAUUGAUGUGAAUGCUUUUCGGAGGAAAGAUACAAAAGAAGCUGUCACGGUUGAAAACCUUUAUUUACAUCAUAAUGGCUUGACUACGUUAUCGGAACAUUUAUUAAGAUGGGCUGCGCUGAAACAUCUGGAUCUGGCUGGCAACCCUUGGACAUGUGAUUGUCAUCUCAGCUGGAUAACUACUGAGAAGUUACAGCGCUCAGUGAAGGAUAGAAUGAGGUGCUCAUUACCAAGAUCGGUAGCUGGUCAGAUAAUAUCCACUUUAGAAGAGAAAGACUUUACAUGUGGACCAAAAUCCAGCACUAAAUCCAUUGUAACUUUUGUGUUUUUAGCUCUUGUGUUCGUAGUUCUUAUGUUGGGUACAUUGCGAUAUGGACUGUACCAAAAUCGAUGGAUUCAGAGCUGUUUAGGAAAAUGGCAAAGGAGGUAUAAGCAUCUGGAUACGCAUUUAGAUAGCAUCAAUAUGACAGAGACCUGAAGAUGAUGAUAUAGAUUCCUGAUAAAGAUUCUCGUGUUUUUUCACAAUAAAUCGUCCCACAACAAUGCCUACUAAAUAAAUACAAAAGAUUUCCGUAACAUGUUUUUAUUUUACUAUCAGAAGAGAAAAUAGUUUUUAUUUAUUUGAAAAAAUUGAAAAUGUUAAUACUCAGUAAAUUAGGAAACAAAAUGUCAUGAAAGUGCUUGAAUAUUUCGACAAGAAAACUUUAAUAUGUGGUUUCAAAAUCUGAAAGUAUAAAAUGUAUUAAAAAAAGGUUUUUACUCGGUAAUCACAAAUUUCAAAAUUGCGAAACAUUUAGCAUUUUCAAAUUUGAUUGUAACUGAAAUGUAUUCACUACGCCUAAUUCGAGUUCCAGUGAUCGAAAAAAUAAAUAGCAGUAUUUCGUGUGUUUUUUAUCUCUGUCUUUCACAUUUAAAUAGUAAACCUAUCAAAUAAGACUAUUUUACGUAUAAUGUAGAGUUUAUCUCGUAAGCAAUAAAAAAACGUAUAUAAGUAAA